AUGGAGCAGUAUUUAGUUGAACGAGAAGUGCUCAGUGAGGUGCGCCUGGAAGAAGUGGCCCAAAGAGACACGAGCAGGACCCGAACUAGUGUUGCAGAUAAAUUAAAAGAAUUCUCGAGAUGUUCGGUUCCCAGGCUGAAGGAGACGGUGCAGAGGUGGGUGCCAGUUCUCGACUGGCUCCCUAAAUACUCCAUCAGAGAAAAUGCUCUUGGAGAUCUGGUCUCUGGCUGCAGCGUGGCCAUUAUGCACCUGCCCCAAGGUAUGGCAUAUGCACUGCUGGCCUCCCUGCGGCCUGUGUUUGGCCUGUACACCUCUCUUUACCCAGUACUGAUCUACUUCAUAUUUGGAACCUCAAGACACAUUUCAAUUGGCACAUUUGCAGUGAUCAGUGUCAUGGUUGGCAGUGUGACAGAGAGACUGGGUCCAGACUCUGACUUUCCACUCAACAACAGCACAAACACAACAGGAAGUGUGGACAUUGAUGCCAGAGAUGCCUACAGAGUGGUGAUCGCCUGCUCUCUCACACUCUUGGUUGGGAUUUUCCAGAUUGUGCUGGGUGUGGUAAAAUUUGGCUUUGUGGUCAAUUACUUGUCAGAACCACUGGUCCGAGGCUACACAACUGCGUCAGCAUGUCAUGUUUCUGUGUCUCAGCUCAAAUACAUUUUUGGAGUCUCACCUUCUCGUUACAAUGGACCACUUUCUCUGAUUUAUACUGUUGUGGACAUCUGCAGUCGUUUGCCUCAGACAAAGAUCCCUGAGCUGGUUGUCAGCCUUGUGGCACUUGCAGUUCUUAUUGUGGUCAAAGAAGUCAAUGGUUGCUAUGCAAAAAAGCUGCCCUUUCCCGUCCCCAUUGAGCUUAUAGUGGUCAUAGUUGCCACAAUGAUUACAUAUUUCUGUGGAUUGACCUCAUUGUAUUACAUUGAUGUGGUUGGAGAAAUUCCCAGUGGACUGAAGGCCCCUAUAUCCCCAGAUGUCAGUUUGUUCUCACAAGUGAUUGGUGAUGCUUUUGCUAUUGCUAUUGUGGGCUAUGCCAUAAACAUUUCCCUGGGCAAGACAUUUGCUCUAAAACAUGGAUACAAAGUGGACAGCAAUCAGGAGCUGGUGGCCCUCGGUCUGAGUAACUCCAUCGGAGCUUGUUUUCAGUGCUACAGCGUCACAUCGUCUUUGAGCCGCAGUCUGGUUCAGGAGAGCACCGGUGGAAAGACACAAGUAGCUGGAUUUAUUUCUUCCAUCUUUGUUUUGAUCAUAGUUUUGAAAAUAGGAUCACUUUUUGAAGAUCUGCCAAAGGCUGUUUUAUCAACAAUAGUAUUUGUGAACCUCAAAGGAAUGUUUAAGCAGUUCACUGAUGUUCCUGAACUUUGGAGAUCCAACAAAGUGGAUCUGAUGGUAUGGUUGGUUACAUUCAUGAGCACUAUACUGUUGAACCUGGACUUGGGCCUCGCUGUGUCUAUUGGGUUUUCCAUUCUGACCGUGAUCUUCAGGACACAACUGCCUCACUAUUCCAUUUUGGGACAAGUGCCAGGAACCGACUUGUAUCUGGAAACAGAGACCUUCAAACAGGCCGAGGAGAUCCCAGGAAUCAAAAUCUUCCGGUCGUCCACCACCAUCUACUACACAAAUGCUGAGAUGUAUUUGGAGGCUCUGCAGGAGAAAAGCGGGAUUGAAAUCGGAAAACUGCUUACCGCAAAAAAGAAAAAGGAUGCCAGGUUAAAACGUCAACAACAAAAGGAGAAAAAGAAAGAAAAGAAACAACGAAAGAAACAAGCAAAGAAACAAGAGAACCAGCAGCCCGCUGGGGUCUUCACUCUGACCGAGUCGCAGAGGACAGGCCCCUCAGACCUGAAUUCAAUUCAUUCAAACGGAGCUGCUUCACACUUGAGCCAAACAAAUGGUCAAAUAAACCCGUGUUAUCAACACGACGCAGCCACAUCAGAAUCAGACUCGGACACAGAAGCUUAUUACCAAAAUGCAGAUUGUGUCAUAGACGAAGAGCAGCCGUCUCACAGCAUCAUCCUGGAUCUGUCCACGAGCAGCUUCGUGGACACCGUGACCGUCAAGACUCUGAGAAAUAUUUUCAAGGACUUUGGGGAGAUUGAUAUGGACGUUUAUCUUGCAGGGUGUCAAGCUUGCAUUAUUGAGCAGCUUGAAAAGGCAAACUUCUUCUCAAACGCCAUCUCAAAAAGCCAAGUGUUUGUAACCGUCCAUGAUGCUGUCCUUCACAUUCAGAAGAGGAGGAAGCGAGCAGAGAAGGAAACCUGCAUCACUCUCAUGUAA